CAAAAACAUAAGACGACAGUGAAUAUAAGGGGAAUUACUGGCAAGGGAGCUGUAGCCAUCUCACCACUGAACCCAUUCCUUUCCCAAGACCAGAAAAGUGUUCCAUUAGCAGGAACCGUCUCUUACUCAGAUAAGAAUUCAAGAAGUUGACUACUACAGGAGGGGAUCUGGAAAAUGACCGGAGCAAAGAGGAAAAAGAAAAGCGCGCUGUGGGGCAAGGUGCACGCCCCCCACUGCGAGGACGUUAAACAGUGGUGGAGAAGGCGCCUACCUAUUUUGGAAUGGGCACCACAGUACAGUCUGAAGGAAAACCUGCUGCCAGACACUGUGUCUGGGCUCAUGUUGGCAGUUCAGCAGGUGACACAGGGGCUCUCCUUCGCCAUUCUCUCAUCUGUGCACCCAGUGUUUGGUUUAUAUGGAUCUCUGUUUCCAGCCGUCAUUUAUGCCAUAUUCGGUAUGGGACGCCAUGUUGCUACAGGCACCUUUGCGUUGACAUCCUUGAUAUCAGCCAAUGCUGUGGAAAGGCUGGUCCCCCAGAGCAGCCGGAAUCUCACCACACAGAGCAACUCGAGCGUGCUGGGCUUAUCCGACUUCGAGCUACAGAGAAUCGGAGUGGCUGCAGCAGUUUCCUUCUUGGGAGGUGUGAUUCAGGUGGCUAUGUUUGUGCUGCAGCUGGGCAGUGCCACGUUCCUGGUUACAGAGCCUGUGAUCAGCGCGAUGACCACGGGGGCCGCCACCCAUGUUGUCACUUCACAAGUCAAGUAUCUCUUGGGAAUUAAAAUGCCAUACAUAUCUGGACCACUGGGAUUCUUUUAUAUUUAUGCCUAUGUUUUCGAGAACAUCAAGUCUGUCCAGCUGGAGGCGCUGCUCUUAUCCUUGCUGAGCAUUGUUGUCCUUGUUCUCGUUAAAGAGCUGAAUGAACAGUUUAAGAGAAAAAUUAAAGUUGUUCUUCCUGUCGACUUAGUUUUGAUCAUUGCUGCCUCAUUUGCUUGCUAUUGUACCAACAUGGAAAACACAUAUGGACUAGAAGUUGUUGGACACAUUCCAAAGGGGAUUCCUCUGCCCCGUGCUCCACCGAUGAACAUCCUCAAUGCAGUGCUCACUGAAGCUUUCGGAGUUGCGCUUGUAGGCUACGUGGCCUCACUGGCUCUUGCUCAAGGGUCUGCCAAGAAGUUCAAAUAUUCAGUGGAUGACAACCAGGAAUUUCUGGCCCACGGCCUCAGCAAUGUGAUCCCUUCAUUUUUCUUCUGUAUCCCAAGUGCUGCUGCCAUGGGAAGGACGGCUGGACUGUACAGCACAGGAGCAAAGACACAGGUCGCUUGUCUAAUAUCUUGCGUUUGCGUCCUCAUAGUCAUCUAUGCAGUUGGACCUUUGCUGUACUGGCUGCCCAUGUGCGUUCUUGCAAGCAUUAUUGUCGUGGGACUCAAGGGAAUGUUAAUACAGUUCCGGGAUUUAAAAAAAUACUGGAAUGUGGAUAAAAUCGAUUGGGGCAUAUGGAUCAGUACUUACAUAUUUACAAUAUGCUUUGCUGCCAAUGUGGGUUUGUUGUUCGGUGUUGUCUGCACCAUAGCCAUCGUGAUAGGACGCUUCCCAAGGGCAAAGACUUUAAGCAUAACAAACAUGAAAGAAAUGGAAGUUAAGGUGAAGACAGAAAUGCCCGAUAACACAGAGAACUGGCCUCCUUCCAAGAGGACCAAUGUCAAGGUCUUUCCAGGUAGCCUGACGACAGGAAGUAACGUCAGGAGCCUUUCUGUCACACCCAGGAGAAUGGAAACCUUGCAACAGGUAAAAAUCAUCUCAAUAAACAACCCACUUGUUUUUCUGAAUGCAAAGAAAUUUAAUACUGAUCUAAUGAAAAUCAUCCUAAAGGAAGAUGAGAGCAGCCAAGCACUCGAUGAUGUCAGCAAGUGUGAACAGAACACCUUGCUCAGUCCCCUGUCCAAUGGCAAUUGCAAUGAGGAAGCUUCCCAGCCCUGCCCCAGUGAGAAGUGUUCUUUGGUCCUGGAUUGCAAUGGCUUGACCUUUUUUGACUACACGGGAGUCUCUACACUUGUUGAGCUUUACCUGGAUUGCAAGAGCAGGGGUAUCGAUGUGUUCUUAGCCAACUGCACAGCAUCCUUGAUCAAAGCGAUGACAUACUGCGGAGACCUAGACACUGAGAGGCCAAUCUUUUUUGACUCAGUACCUGCUGCAAUAAGUAUCAUCCAGGCAAAUAAGAAUCUGAGCAAGGCCAGUGAUCACAGCGAAGUCUGAGGCCCACGAGAUGAACUGCACUUCUCAUCUUCAGCAACUGCCCUGAAGGGGCUGGAUAUUGACAUUUUGCACAAAUAUUGGUUAUGGAUAUUGUAUAUGACCUCUAUACCAAUGAGAAUGAUAAGAGUUAGCAACUGCAUCUCCAGUGACCAGGACUUGCUGGCCCUUUAUUUUUCUAAUCUUUCUUAAUAAACAGAUUCAUUUAGUUAUUUUAUAUAGGGAUCAAUAUGCAUGCAGCUUUAGUUUACUAAAUAGUAAAGAUGCAUUUAUUUCCUUUUAUGAGAGUAUUUUGUAUGGUCUUAUUUCUAUUUUGUUGUAAGCUAACAAAUGGAGGAACACUUUGAUCAGAAGUGGUUUGGACUAUUUAUAAGCUAUCUAUAAAAAAAAAUAAGAUCAUGUAACUAAUCCAUAAAAAGAAGUUAGCAAAUGUGCCAUUUCCCAUAGUUUUUACUCCAAAGAUAUUCAAACAUCAGUAAGAUAAAGUGUCGCCAUCUCCAGUGAAGAAUGAAAUCCACAGAAAUAAAGCCAUUGGAACAAAAGACAAACUAGAAGACAGUGACGCCAAUACUCAUCCACACCAUCACUCUGGCAGUGUUCUUGUGUUCAGCGAUGCUUUGUGUGUGGCAGAAAACUGCUGUUUUAGCAAAACUGAGUUCUUGCCAUUCGUCUGCCUCAUUGUGAGUACUGGAAGCCUUUCGGGUGUCCCGUUGGAUAGCUCUCCUCUCUGCAGCGGCACAUGGAAGACGUUUGGCCUGCAGCCUUAUUUUUACUGCAACCAGAGACUAUGAAAAUUUAGCAUCUAAUAUUUUUUUUCAGAUAAGCUCUUUUAGAUGACAAAGUAUCGUGAGUUGAGUGGUUUUAUGCUGUUUUUAUACAAGAUUAUCUUUAGAAAUUGUGAAUUUUCUAUUUGAGAGACACCAAGUCAAUAAAAUUUAAUCGGUUAUUUAUCUUUACCAAGAUAGAUAGAUGGAUACAUAGGUAGAUAGAUGGAUACAUACAUAGAUACAUGAUAGAUAGAUGAUUGAUAGAUAGAUAGAUAGAUAGAUGACAGACAGACAGAUGGCAGAUGGAUCUCCCUUGUAUAUUUCCAUUUUCUUUUGUUAGAGGUAAACUUAGAUGUGAUUUUCUGUAAAUUUACCAAAAUAACAGGAUAAUUGGCAACACUAAGAGCAGGAUAGAAGUGUAAGCAUUUUUAUGCUUGUAUAUUUUAUUUUUAAUUAUUUAUAAUCAAGUGUUCGAUUCACAAUCUUCUAACAAAUUGUCUUACAUAAGAAGUCAUAGAUUACAAUUAUGCUUUAUUCUUAAUGACGAUUGAUUUAUUCUAGAGAGUAACACUAUCGAAAAAAGCCAGGGAGUUUGAAAAUCAAGUUAAAAAUAGAAAUUAAAAAUUGACCACCUAUAAGUGUUGUAGGGAGGCCACUCAUUUAUUCCCAGCUGCUCAGUCCUAAAAUAAUCACAUAGAAACCAUAUUAUUUGCCAUACUGUUUGGCCAAUAGCUUAAGCAUAUUUCUGGCUAACUCAUAUCUUAAAUUAACACAUCUCCAUUAAUCUGUAUAUAGCCACAAGGCUGUGGCUUACCAGAUAAAGUCCUGGUGUCUGUCUCCAGCAGGACCACGUGGCUUCUCUCUGGCUCUGCCUCCUUUCUUCCAACAUUCAGUUUAGUUUUCCCCACCUAGCUCUACUCUAACCUACCACAUUCGCAGCAUACAGAGGAGAAUCCCACACCACUCAAGGGCAUCUGUAUGAACAAAACCUAAUUCCUGUCCAAGUGACAUAUUGAAAUAUGACUCAGCAAGUGUGUGGUAAGCAUUCAUAUGAUCCCUAAUUUUAGCACCUCAGUUUUUGGUAAGAUGAAAUAAUAAAAUUAAAAUACCGAAAAUAGCAUUCCAAAUUUUCAUGGUCAUUUUAAUUUUUACCGAUACAAACUGAACAGAGCAGUAUUGGCUCCCAAAGCCACCGUCUCUUCAUUGUCAAUCUGGUUCGUAACAAGGCAGGUGAGCACUGCUUAUCAUAUAGGGUUCCAAAUGGAGAUCGAGGGAGAGCUAUAAAUAGCUUCCUUAUUAAAAGGAGUUUUAUUCUGCGUCAUCCAUUUGCAUUGUUGUAAAGGUGCGUGGUGGUGAUAUUCUCUGUCUUCAGUCCAUUGAUCCCUGCCAUAUAAUCAUGAGCCAUGAAAAGCCGAGAAAAGAAAUAUGUUAUGGUACAUUAUAAACUGAUAUUUUGCUAUAAAAGUUUGGCCUAUCAUUGAGCUCAUGAAUUAUAGGCAUUUUAAAUUUGUUGUAGACUAUGGGCCAUGGCUGACAUUAAGACCGUCAUAGCUAAUUGUUGGAUGAUUUGUUCUCUGUGGUUGUAGUAUUGAGACAGUAUUGUCUAGGAAACCGCGUGUGAGCGCAUUUAAGUAUUUAUAGUAUAAGUUUAAUGCAUACAAAAGUUGACACCAUUCAUUUCAGUGUCAAAUAUUAAUGUUAUAUUCAAAGACAAAGAAGAUCAAAUCACACACUGUGUUAAGUCCACUGUGCUAUAGUUUAUUCCAAGACCACGAUGACUGUUUGCCCAAAGAAAGUCUCUUGAAUUAAGUUCUGAGAGUCCAAAAGCUGAAUAUAAGUUUUAGACAUACAAAUGUCCAUUUCAAAAAAGAAGCAGAAAACAGAGAAGCCACAAGACCCCUCCACUGUUGCAAUGCUUCCGUCAGCACACCGACCUGUUCUUAUCGGCUAUCUCAUUUUUACAUAAUGAACUCCUCCCAUAGUACCUGCUGUAAUAAAAUAGCAUUAAAAAACAAAACUGACCUAUACAGGUGUUGUGAGACUAAUAUGGCAGAUAUGAAAUAUGUAACCAGGAAAAGAUGUUAACAUUUAGGCAAAUUAAAUGCCCUUAAAUUUUGCCAUUUGUCUUCCAUUUUAAAGGUUAUUUGCCCUCAAUUAUAUAAUUUCAACAUCAUAAAGUUUAGCUUAAACUACUUUGCAAUAAUUUAUUUGACAGAUCUCCCAAGCAGUGUGAUGAGGAGAGAGAUCUUUCUUUUUUAAUGAAAACAUUAAUGUGUUAAUAUCACAUAUGAGUAACGCUUGACAUUUAAUGGUCGUUGAAAUAUGUUGGUAUGUUGCUGAACAUACAGACACAUCUGAAAUGCCAAUUUUAUGUUCUGUGGGUUGAUCCAAUUCAGUACCAAAUAUGCUUUUUGACAGUGAGUUUGUUGCCAGAUAGAUUUCAAAGAGGGAGUUAAGUGGUGCUUUCUCAAUCCAAAGACGUAGUUAAAAAUCAUGCAUUCCAAUAUGCUGUGCUUAUUUUUAUAUUUUUCCAUGCACUUAAUUAUUGUUUUUUAUAAUUAUUUGUACUAACUCAGCAUGUAGCAACCAAUUUACGUGGAAAUAAAUUGAAAUACGAUAAGUACAA